AUGCAAUCUGCAGUCCUCGAGUUUUAUUGGUCAGAUGAUCGUAUGGCGAGCUUUAUAAAGGACACAGCGAGGAUACUAGCGCCACGUGUGGGAGCAUCAUUCACAAAAGAGUCGAAAGGAGGCACCUCCAGCAUGAACAGCAGCCAUGCUCGUACUCGUGUCAAUUCUAUGCAACUUCUGAAGAUGAGACAAUUGAGCACUCGCUCUUAUUUUUUCUAUAGUAACAAAAGUUGAUGAUCAACUGUUGAUCAUCACUAUGUCAGGGCGUGGGGAACAAGAGGACAAGCCCACAUACGAUGAGUGCCGCGGGCCUCUUUCGAGAGAGGAAUGCCUAUCGCUAUUGACGGCCUAACGAGUUUAUUGGUGUUCCAAUCUCCGAAAUGAGAGCUUACUUCAACUCGACCGCUAAGAAAAAUCAGCUGAAAACCCAGAAGAAACUCUAUCUUUAUGAGUCCUCGGAGCUGCACUUGUUGUUACUUAUCGCGUAUUUAUGCAUUUCUUGCGCCAUUUGGUUCUGAACUAGUAGUUCAAUGUAGAAGAAUGUUGUGAUUAUAUUCAGAGUGCUCAAUCUUAUUUUGACUACAGUCCGUGUUAGAUUCUUGAGUACUAAGCUUAUCCGGUCUAACUUGUUGUGAUGCAAGCAGAUUACGACAGUUCCUAUGGGGUUGACCAGGAUUUUUCGAGUCGGCCGUUGUUCGACCUGACAGGUAGAAUUAUGUUGAGUCUUCAAUUUGAUAAGCCACAUCAUCUAUCAUAAUUCCGCAGGAAACUACUGUUUCCAGACAAUAUUCUCAAAUGAGUUCAUUCUGUCCCCGUUUUCUUAGAUGUGGAACAUCUGCAUACUCUCGUGAAGGUAGAAGAGUCUGAGACAGUGACAGACGGAAAAUUAAUAUAACUCCUCGACGAGGAGAGCUUUUCUAAUAGCCUUGCAAUGCUUACAGUCGAUCUGGACAAAGUCGAUAACGGAGGUCGCGCACUUCCAUGUGUGCACUUUUUACAUCGCCAUACGCCGGAGAAAACAAGACACUGGAUCAUGCAGAGUUUCAAGGACAGCGAAAUUUACAAGGGAUUUUGCAAACACUGGAAUGUUAGUUUCCCUUUUUUCACAUUCACCUAAUCGUAAUCGUGCUAGUUGAGAAAAAUGUCCGCAUUCGAAGGUUUAUAGAUUCUCAAAGUUGUUCUUGUUCAAAAAACACCGACAUGCUUUUGUGCGCACAAGAACCUAUGAAUUUCCUUUGGUACUACCUUAUCUCUACACCGCAGUGUUUUCUCUGUGCGAGGAUGUGGAUCCUCCAUUAUUCAGAUGUGCUAAAUUUUUAGAGGCAAAAAUACCAGUCCUAGGACUUUUUUCUAGUAGUCGGUUAUCAUUUAUUGUAUAGUACGCUAUUGCUAGCUGAAGCUGAACGUCGAGUUCUUUUUUCUAGUCGUAGUCAGUCAUCAUUGCCCCAUUGACCACGCAUGAUACUUCAAAAAUACAACUACAUCUAAGGAGGUCGAAGCACAAAAAACUACUACAACAAUCACUAAGCCCGAGCGGCGAAUCCCAGAAGUAUCCCCACAGUACUCCAGCGAAGAUUUUACCACCUCCCCCUUCCCACACGCAAUUCCACAACGCCACUUUUAAGAUCUAGCGUAGUCGCUCACGCGUCAAAAGAUACCUCCAGAAGAGCUCAAUCCUGUUGAAGAACUGAUGAUGUCUUCAUCAGCAGAGUGAGAGAGAGGAU